AUCAUCAUGGCGGCGCCCAUGUAAUCCAGCCCGUCCCCUAAACCCACGGCGGUCGGAUCGCGACCCCCGGGUUAAAGGUCACCAUGCUGAGGGCCACAUGCCGCGCACUUAGAUGGAUUCGGACCCCCGCGCUGGCCGACGCCCCCAGCUUUGGGUCCCUUGGCAGAGACUGGGCCAGACUUUCUUCCCACCCGCGGGGCUUCCUUUCACCUGCUCGAGCUCUCCCCCUCCAGGCCGCCCGUGGAUAUGCCCUCCAGAAGCCAGUACCACCCAGCCAAGAUGCUGACCCAGCCCCUUCCACACUUCUCAAGGACUACCAGAAUGUUCCUGGAAUUGACAAGGUUGAUGAUGUCGUGAAAAAACUCUUAUCUUUGGAAAUGGCCAGCAAGAAAGAAACACUGAAAAUCAAGAAAGAGCAACUGAUGCACAAGGUCGUGGCCAACCCUGAAGACAAAACCUCCCUGGAAGCUAGAAUUGUUGCCUUGACUGUCAAGAUCCAAAGUUAUGAAGAGCACAUGAAGAAACAUCGAAAGGACAAAGCCCACAAGCGCUAUCUGCUGAUGAGCCUCGACCAGAGGAAAAAGAUGCUCAAAAACCUCCGGAACACCAACUAUGAGGUUUUUGAGAAGACGUGCAGGGAGCUGGGGAUUGAGUACACUAUUCCCCCUCAGUAUUCUCGGAAAGUCCACCGUCGCAUGGCGGCCAAGAAGGCGCUGUGCAUUCGGGUUUUCCAGGAAACUCAAAAACUAAAGAAGGAAAGAAGGGCUUUGAAAGCUGCAGCAGCAGCCGAGAAACAAAAACUGAGGAGGCCAGAAAGCCCUUCCAAAACCGAACCCAAGGCAGUCCAAGAGAACCAAUAAAAUCUGGUGAAGC